GGAGCGGCCGCCGACGCCACCGAGCUCGAGCCGCGCUCCCCCGGCGUCAGCUCCGCGCUCCUUCCGCUCCCGGCCGGGCCAUGGCCCCUGCCGUCUGGUCGCGCCUCGGCCGCAUCCUCUGGCUCGCCUGCCUCCUGCCCUUAGCCCCGGCUAGGGUGGCCGCAGGCCUGUAUGAACUCAAUCUCACCACUGAUGGCCCUGCCACCAUGGGAGCAGAGGUGACCAUCUCAGCUAGCCUGGUGGCCAAGGACAACAGCAGCUUGGCCCUGCCUGCUGAUGCCCACAUGUACCGCUUCCACUGGAUCCACACCCCGCUGGUACUCACUGGCAAGAUGGAAAAGGAUCUCAGCUCAACCAUUCAUGUGGUCAGCAAUGUGCCUGGGGACUUCCCGGUCUCUGUCUGGGUCACUACUGCUGACUGCUGGAUGUGCCAGCCAGUGGCUAGGAGCUUCGUUGUCCUCCCCAUCACAGAGUCCCUUGUAGGGAACCUCAUUGUCACCCAGAACACCUCGCUGCCCUGGCCCAGCUCCUUCCUCACCAAGACAGUACUUAAAGUCUCCUUCCUCCUCCAUGACCCAAGUGGCUUCUUCAAGACUGCCUCCUUUCUCUACAGCUGGGACUUCGGAGAUGGGUAUGUCCUUGUUGCAACCACUUCUCCUUAA